AGCAUCCGGGAACCUCGCCAUAGUAGUAGACAUGGCGGGUAUCAACCUGGCUAAAUGACGAAAUAAAUUUUGUUUGCUAAUAUAAGAACGUGUUAAUUUCGUAGAAAAAGUGUUGAUACUGAAAGACUAAUUAAGUUAUAUUGGAUUAGGACAAAGAUGCAGAAUGUUGGACAGUCUGAAAACCGAAAUAUCGAUAAGGUGAAUGUGCAACUUGAUGUGGUAAAAUCGUCCACUCCUCAAAGUUCGGCUUCGAGUCCGGCCAAAUCUGAAACCGAAACGUAUUCAGGAGCGCCUGCCAAAUACAUGUCGGAAACUUCGGAAAGCGAAGAUGACUCUGUGUCCGAGAUCUUGCUGGCUUGUUUGUGCCUUAGCAGGCCAGACCUGUUGGCGGAGAUGGAAGAGGAAGGUGGUGGAGCAGAGCCAUCAAAGUUCCUCCUCUCUCAUGAUGAUCCUGAGAGGGCGGUUGAUCCAGAGAUGCAGGCCAGACUUGAAGCUCUCCUUGAAGCUGCUGGCAUAGGCAAGUUGUCAGGCGAAGGCAAACACCUGGCGGACCCGGAGGUACUUCGCCGGCUAACGUCGUCCGUGUCGUGCGCGCUCGACGAGGCGGCCGCGGCGCUCACGCGCAUGCGCAGCGAUCAACCACCACCACACCACCGGCACCAUCACCAGGACAAAAAUUUCAGCCAGCCAUGCGGGUCCACGGCGACUGGUACAACACCUACAGUGGCGUCGUCGGUGGGGGCAGACGGCGCGCCCUCGCUGGCGGAGGCGUGCUCCGACGGCGACGUGGGCACCGUCCGGAAACUCCUCACCGAGGGCCGCUCCGUGCACGAGACCACCGAGGAGGGCGAGUCGCUGCUGUCCCUCGCUUGCUCGGCUGGAUACUACGAACUCGCUCAAGUGCUGCUCGCCAUGCACGCGAGCGUCGAGGACCGCGGCAUCAAGGCGUGCACAAUUGACAAUGAUACGAAAUGUGCGCGGGCGGGUGCGCAGGGCGACUGCACGCCACUAAUGGAGGCGGCUAGCGCGGGACACGUGGACAUCGUGCGGCUGCUCAUCGCACACGGCGCCGACGUCAACGCGGUGUCCGGCUCGGGCAACACGCCGCUCAUGUACGCAUGCGCCGGCGGCCACGAGGAGUGCGUGCGCGCGCUGCUCGAGAGCGGCGCCAACGUCGAGGACCACAACGAGAACGGACACACGCCGCUCAUGGAGGCGGCGUCGGCCGGUCACGUGGGCGUCGCUAAGAUCCUCCUGGAGCACGGCGCCGGUAUCAACACGCACUCGAACGAGUUCAAAGAGUCCGCGCUGACGCUGGCGUGCUACAAGGGCCACCUCGACAUGGUGCGGUUCCUGCUGGCGGCCGGCGCGGACCGCGAGCACAAGACCGACGAGAUGCACACCGCGCUCAUGGAGGCCAGCAUGGACGGGCACGUCGAGGUCGCGCGCCUGCUGCUCGACUCGGGGGCGCAGGUGAACAUGCCGACUGAUAGCUUCGAGUCCCCUCUGACGCUGGCGGCGUGCGGGGGCCACGUGGAGCUGGCGAUGCUGCUGUUGGAGCGCGGCGCCAACAUAGAGGAGGUCAACGACGAGGGAUACACCCCGCUAAUGGAGGCCGCCAGGGAAGGUCACGAGGAAAUGGUGGCGUUACUUCUGGGCCAGGGCGCGCAGAUCAACGCGCAAACGGACGAGACGCAGGAGACGGCGCUCACCCUGGCUUGCUGCGGCGGCUUCCUAGAGGUGGCAGACUUCCUCAUCAAGGCCGGCGCAGACGCUGAGCUCGGGGCCUCCACGCCGCUCAUGGAGGCCUCGCAGGAGGGACACCUUGAGCUCGUGCGGUACCUGAUAAACGCGGGUGCGGACGUGCACGCGACGACGCAGACGGGCGACACGGCGCUCACGUACGCGUGCGAGAACGGGCACACCGACGUCGCCGACCUGCUGCUGCGGGCCGGCGCGCAGCUCGAGCACGAGAGCGAGGGCGGACGCACGCCGCUCAUGAAGGCUUGUCGCGCCGGACACCUCUGCACCGUGCAGUUCCUCGUCGGGAAGGGCGCCGAUGUAAACCGCAUGACGGCUAACGGCGACCAUACGCCGCUGUCGCUAGCCUGCGCCGGCGGUCACGUAGACGUGGUCAAGUUUCUGCUGGCGUGCGAGGCGGACCCUUUCCGUAAGCUGAAGGACAACUCCACCAUGCUCAUCGAGGCGGCCAAGGGCGGGCACACCGCCGUCGUGCAGCUGCUGCUCGAUUACCCGCAUUCUGUCAUGCUGCCUAGAGGUAACACUGUGUCGACGGAGGAGAGCAGCGGGUUGAGUGCGGCGCAAGCGGCGGCGCUGGGGCUCGCGCACGCCGCCGCGCCCGGCGCACCCGGUGCGCGCGCACUGCUGCCCGCGCACGCGCUCUCGCACGCGCUCCCGCACGCGCUGCCCGCCAUGCCGCCCGCCAUGCCGCCCGUGCCGCCACACCAGCACCCGCACGCGCAGCACCCCGCGCACCAAGCACUGCCCGCCGACCUCCCCGCCAACUUCGCCAAGGUCUACCUAGAAGAGCGUGGCGCCGGUCGCAAGAAACAGGGCGGCGCAGUGCCGACGAGCGGCGCGGUGGCCCCGCCGCCGGGCCUCGGUGCGCUGCUGGCCCCUCCGGCGCCCCCCUCCCCGCCGGCCCCGGCCGCGCCGGCCGCCGCGCCCGCCGGGCCGCAGCCCACCGCCGCGGGCUCGCCGCCGGGCGGCCCCACGCCCGCCAAACACAAGUGCCCGCGCAAGCAGCGCGCCGCGCCUCCCCACUCCGACCACCACUUGCCUCCGCCGCCGGACAUACUCGACGACCACAUAUGCCAGCACGCCUUGGCUAAGGUAUCACUGCCCCCCGGCUUUACCUGGAAGGAUGCUAACAAGAAAAAUAAAAUUAAAUGCCACAAUAAAUAUAAACCCAAUAGGGUGGAGGCGAUCGCGAACCAACAGCGAAACGAACAACUGCCAGAAACUGACAGGAAUCUCUCGCUCGAAUUAGCCGACCCUUCAGGUCCACCGACGCUCGCCACUUCGGCGCUGCACGCUCUGGACCUUCAGUUCUGCGCUCAAGGCGUGACGACGAUCCACUCGCCGACCACGCCGCCGUACCCGCCCCCGCAACAAUUGUUCCCAGUGCAGCAGCUCGCUACCAACCUCAACCAGCACCAACUCCAAGAGUUGCAGCAACAGCAACUUCAGCAGCUAGCGGUGCAGCAACAGCAACAGCAGCAACACCAGCAACAACAGCAGCAACAAAAGAAACAGCAACAACAACAGCAGCAGCAGCAACAACAAUACGUGCAGGACCUUCAGAGGCCUGAGAACUAUGUGGUUGCACCGGCGGCGGAGGACAGCAGCGCGAGCGCGGCGGAGGCGCGGGAGCUCGGCGCCGUGCUCGCCUACCUGCAGCGGGAGGUGCCCUCGCUCGUCGCGCUGCCGCCCAACGAACUGCGCUCGCUCGUGCUGCAGGUAAUGCAGCAGAAAUCCCACGAGAUCCUCUCGACCAAGUGCGAGGGCGAGGGUGAGGCGGAGGGCGCCGCGGAGGUGGAGGGCGCGGGCGAGCAGGAGGGCGACGAGUGUCACACGCGCCGCUUACUGGCCGCCGCCGAGCAGGCGCUCGCCGCCGACUGGCCGCGCCAGGACCACCACCACCAUCAUCACCAUCACCACCACCAUGUCGACCUCACGUUGUCGCAGGUGGGCAACGGUUGUCAAUACCGCGUGUGCUCGUCGCCGACGGGCGCGCUGGAGGGCGAGGCGGAGCCGCUGCCGCACGCGGCGCACGCGCAGCACCCGCAGCAUCCGCAGCACCCGCAGCAGGACAUGCAGCCGCACUUCGCUCUGCCGCCACCCACGCUGCCUUACGACGACUUCAGAUCGGCGACGUUCGGCGGUCCGCACACGGUAGCGACGCAGGCCCCGCAGCCGACAAUGCCCCAGGCGGGCCAGCAGCAACCGCCGCCGCAACCGCAGCCCCAACCCCAACCGCAACCGCAGCCGCACGCCAAGCGCGACCACCAGCACCACCACAACAACACCGCCAACGCCGCCAAGAAGAAGAACCGUUUCGCGGGCCUGGGUCGCGAGCGGGGCGAGCGCGGGGCGGGCGGCGGCGGCGCGGCGCGCGGCGCGGCCUCGGAGGCGCUGGCCGCCGCGCCGCCGCAGCCCGCGCCCGCCGCCUACUGCGCCAUGGACGUCGACGGCGAGACCGACUCCAACCACGACACCGCGCUCACGCUCGCCUGCGCCGGCGGACACGAGGACCUCGUCGAGCUGCUGCUCUCACGGGGCGCCGAUAUAGAGCACCGCGACAAGAAAGGCUUCACACCGCUCAUACUGGCCGCGACCGCCGGCCACGAGAAGAUCGUGGAGAUCCUGUUGAACCAUGGCGCGGACAUCGAGGCGCAGUCGGAGCGCACCAAGGACACGCCGCUGUCGCUCGCGUGCAGCGGCGGCCGGUACGAGGUGGUGGAGCUGAUCCUCAGCCGUGGCGCCAACAAGGAGCACCGCAACGUGUCCGACUACACCCCGCUCUCGCUCGCCGCAUCCGGCGGAUAUGUCAAUAUCAUACGUCUGCUGCUUACACAUCAGGCGGAGAUAAACUCGCGCACGGGCUCGAAGCUAGGCAUCUCGCCGCUGAUGCUGGCCGCGAUGAACGGUCACACGGCCGCCGUGCGACUGCUGCUCGACUGCGGCUCCGACAUCAACGCGCAGAUCGAGACCAACCGCAACACCGCCCUCACACUCGCCUGCUUCCAAGGUCGUCACGAGGUGGUCAGCCUGCUGCUGGACCGUAAGGCAAACGUGGAGCACCGCGCCAAGACCGGCCUCACGCCGCUGAUGGAGGCGGCGAGCGGCGGCUACGUGGAAGUGGGCCGCGUCCUACUCGACAAGGGCGCCGAUGUGAACGCGCCGCCCGUGCCCUCCUCGCGUGAUACGGCACUCACCAUCGCCGCUGACAAGGGGCACACCAAGUUCGUCGAGCUGCUGCUGCAGAGGCGAGCGGCGGUGGAAGUGAAAAACAAGAAAGGCAACUCCCCGCUGUGGCUGGCGGCCAACGGCGGCCACCUCGCCGUCGUAGAGAUGCUCUACGCAGCGCGCGCCGACAUCGACUCGCAGGACAAUAGAAAGGUCUCAUGCCUGAUGGCGGCCUUCCGUAAAGGCCAUACUAAAGUGGUCAAAUGGAUGGUCGGUGUCGUCACGCAAUUCCCCUCAGACCAAGAGAUGACAAGGUACAUCUGCACGAUCUCUGACAAGGAGCUGCUGGAGAAGUGCCAGGAGUGCGUGCGCGUGAUCCGCGCGGCCAAGGAGACGCAGGCGGCGCGCGCCAACCAGAACGCCACCAUCCUCCUCGAGGAACUCGACGCCGAGCGCUGCCGCGAGGAGUCGCGCCGCCAGGCCGCUGCACGACGCCGCGAGCGCAAGAAGAAGAAGAAGAUGGAGAAAAAGGAGGAAAGGCGCAAGCAGCAGCAGGAGAACGACAAGAACUCGAUGUUCUGCGAGCGGAACCUGGGCGAGUGCUCGGAGGGCGGCGAGGGGGACGACGAGCCCGCCGCCAAGGAGGAGGGCGACUCCGGCAUCGAUGCCAACUCGCAGGGCUCAUGCUCUUCCUCGGACGUGAAAGCGCCACCAGCUCAGACCACCAAGAGCAAAAAGAAGAAGAAAGAGGAGAAAAACGCGCCUCAGCAAACCGCCGCCGCCAAGAAACAACCAGACAAAACCAAACCGAAACUAGAGACGAAAACGGAGCGCGAGAGCACUCCGAAGCCGGACAAGAAGCAGGAGAAGGAGAACGUGGCGCCCGCGUCUCCCCCCGCCACGCCAGCCAAACCUGCGCCGCCUCCGGAACGCCGCCAGCCCGACAAGAAGGACAAAAAACCGGAAGAGGAAAGCCCUAAGAGUUUAACAGUACAGAACGUUAAAUACGGCAAUAAUUCUAGAAAGAGCCAAGUGUUCGAAUCCACUAGGCACAAUGUGGACACAGACACAGAGACUAUGGACAAAAAUAAAAAGACCAACAUCAGCCACCAGUGGGAGCUGGAAGGCAAGAGUACCUCGCCCAAGGGAGGCUGCGUGGGCGGCCGACGCGAUGAAGGCUGGAAGGAGGUCGUGCGCAAAUCCAGCGUGCAGACCACUUCUCUCCUCGAGUCUGGGUGCAAGAAGGUGUCAGUGGCAUCGCACGCCAUAUCGCGUGUGAUCGGUCGCGCGGGCAGCAACAUCAACGCCAUCCGCUCCGCCACCGGCGCGCACAUCGAAGUCGACAAGCAGAGCAAGGGACAGGGCGAACGGAUCAUUACCAUCAAGGGUUCAGCUGAGGCCACUAAGCAAGCUGGCAUGCUGAUCUCGGCGAUGAUCCGCGACCCGGAAGCAGACAUCUUGCAGCUGUUGCCGCGCGCCGGCAAGCUCCCGCCUCCACCACCUCCUGCGCAGCCCGCCAAACCGCCUAAGCAGCCGCCGGCCAAGGGCGCGAGUUCGUCGAGCAGUGGGUCGGGCAGCAGCCGCGCCACGCCCACCACGCGCGCCCCCGCCAAGCAGCCGCUCACACCCGCGCCUCGCGCACAGCUGCCGCGUCUGCUCUCGCACGCAGCUGCGAGUACUGAGAAGCGUACGGGUCCUGCGACUCCCGCAACUCCUACGGCCACCGGUGCUGUCUCCAGCGCUGGCGGUAGCAGCAAGAGUGGCACGCUGUCGUACACAGGUGCCAUCGUGGGCGGCUCACACACGUUCGCGGCCAAGCUUACCGCCGCGCCCGCGCCGCCCACACCCGCGCCUGCGCCUGCACCUACUCCUGCAGACACCAAGCCAAGACCUACGCCUCAGCAGCAACAAGCGUCGUCGAGCAGCAACGCUGUAUCGUCGUCAUCGUCGACGAGCGGCGCGAGUGGCGGCAGUGGCGGUGGUUCAGGCUCGUCACCGCUGAAGAGCGCGCGCGAGGCGUCUCCGCCGCCGCUGGGCGCGCACGUGUCGCUCGCCACACACGCCACGCAUGCGCAUGCCGCCAACGACGAGCCCGACACCAAGCCGCACCGCCUGCCCGACCGCACCGUGCAGCUAAGUCCUGAUAAUUCAAGCUCUUGGAAUGCAAAUGCAGAAAAUACCAGUAACCCAUCGUCUGCACUUCAUAUCAACACCACGCCCCAGACAAGCGGCAGUGGUGGCGGAGCGCAAGAGUAUUCCCUCUUCAAAGACCUGUCUGCCAGCGCGGGCGGCAGCAUGUGGGGCGCCGGCGGCGACGCGCACCACAACGUAGACGUGCCGCCGCCGCAGGUGAGGCAGACCAAGGUGGACGCGAGCAAGGCGCCCGGUUACCGCGGUGGAGGCGGAGGCGGCGGCGGGUGCUCGCCGUGCUCGCGCACCUCCUCGCACGGCUCCACGCCACCGCCUGCGUACGCGCCGCCGCUGUCGGGCGCUUCGUACCCGGCGCCGCUGCCUCUCACCACGCAGCUGGAGCACAUGUCGCUGACGCCGCACGCGUCGCACGCCUCGCACGCCUCACACGCGUCGCACGCGCCGCACACGCAGCACGCGCCGCACGGCACGCACGCGCGCACCUCGCACAACAUCAUGGUGUCGAUGGCCAGCGGCGUGUCCAUGUCGCCCGCCUCGCUGGGGCUGGGCUACGUGGGCGUGGAGCCCGUGUCGCGCCUCAACCCGCGCGCGCCUGACUUCGCGCAGCGACACCCGCUCAUGCAACAUAAACAUAACGCCCAGUUGUUCGCCGGCAGCAGCAACGCAGGCAACCUGAGCGCUCUUCUGAUGUCCUCGUACCAACAACAACCGAUGAACCAGUCGCCCAAGCCGAUGCAGCACACGCCGCAACAACACCACGCUUACCAGUCUCUGCUUGAUCGCGGCGUGGGCGUGGGUGUGAGCUCCGCCGUAGGAAGCGGCGCCAGCGUGGGCAGCGGCGCCGGUGGUGGAGGCGGCGGCUGGGGCGAGGAGGAGGAACGCAAGCCGCGGCCCAUCGGCACCGAACGCGCCUGGAAACUCACCGCCAACGACGACUGGACGCAUCCGCAUUUGCAGCACCAUCCACACCUCUCCGACCAUGAUAGAUACCAGCAGGGUGUGAGCGGCAUGGGCGGUGUCGGCUCGGUUGGCGUGAGCGGUCACGUGGGCGUGGGUCACGGGCUGGACGGCGCCUAUGGCGGCGUAGGAGGCGUGGGCGGUUCUGGCACGGGCGCCACGGCGGCGGCGCUGUCGCUGAUGCACGCACUGCCCAUGCACUACCUCCCGCCCGUGCCCGCUGCCGCGCCCGCGCCCGAACACCUCCACUGGGACCAGGCGCAGCACCACGCACCCGACAAGCAGUCUUGGAGCAAAUGGACUCACUAAGAGUCCCACCGGCGAAGACAACUACUGCCUUAGGAGGAGAGCGGCCCUCUUGGCUCGAACACGAUCGUAACCCUGAAGCGGUGUAGAUAUUAGUGAGAAAGAAUUAUAUUAUACAGAUUAUCUAUAUACAUACUAGAGAAAUGUCCUCUCGAGCCGAGUACUACUCACACUGUACUAGCGCUGAACGUGAGCAUGGGCCGACGAGCAGUCGUGCCGUCGGACUCGUCGCGUUUAGACAAAUUAUAGUUACGUUAUAGUGGCGUCGCGCCGUAGACACGGCCGCGACCGUGUAAUAGUAGGUAGCUUGGAAUGUGAUUCCGAAGUGCCGCUGAGUGUUUUGCGUUGCCUUACGCCCCGCCGAACUCUUGUUAUACACAUUUUACACUCUAUAUUAUGGCAUAAUACGAUAUUAAUUUCGGUGAUUGAUGCUCUCGCUGACCGAGAAGGAAUAUUAAACGUGUAUUAAUAAUAAAUUUGCUUGUACAUGAAGAUUAAAUGUCAUAUAUUGAUGCACUGUAACCACUGGUGUUUUUAAUAAUACCACCUGUUUUUUCAAGUGAAAUUCAUUUUUUUAUAGGUUUAUUUGGGUAAUGUGUAUAUUUAUAAGUAAAUUAUUAUUGAGGACUUACAUUGUCUCGAAUAUGAUUAAAACAGGAUGUGCGGUAAGUUCUAGGUAAAUAAACCGUUGUCAAACUAUA